AACACUUGCUCCUUCAAGCUGCACUUCCUGAACUGAGCCCUGUCACACAAAUGCAGAUUACUUCCUGAAAGUGCCUCUGGUCCUCGUCAGCCUGAGUAGCAGUGAAAGAGUUAACCCGCUGUGGAAGUGCAAAGGAGCAACACUGACAACGCUGCACCUAAUAAGGUGUUCCACAGUCCCAGGAGGCUUCACACUGCACAGCCCUUCAGCAAGCAGCAAGCAGUAAACAGUCAAGAUGAAGAAGUCUCAGUCAUCUCUGUCAAAGCAGCAGUCUGCGCCAUGCUUGGGCAAAGAUGUGCCACGGAUUUUCCAGAGGCUGUCCAUGAAUGAAGUGGAAGAGAGCGUACGCCUGAUGGCAGAGAAGGUGUACGCCUCUGCCUUAAGAGAGGAGGACAACAAGGGCGCUCUGGCGCUGUUCACCGUGCCAGAGGACUGUCCCAUCGGCCUGCAUGAGGACAGGGAGAGGGCCCUGCAGAAGGAGCUGGCGGAGCAGCAGUCCCAGGAGACUAUCAAAAGGAGAAAGAAUUUCAUGCUGAAACGUUCGCAGUCGGUAUCUUUACAAUUACCAGAGGGCUUUGACCUGACCCCGUUUGAGGUUUCACCAGUUCCCACCCCUGCUGCAUCUGAAAAUUUUCUCCCUGUGAGCUUCCCAGACUACCAAAGAGUUACCAUCAGCGGGGAUUACUGUGCAGGGAUCACUGUUGACGACUAUGAACAAGCUAUCAAGAGUCUGCUGCAAGCGCUGCUCAUUCGAGAGAAGUACUCCAAGCUGGCUUACCAUCGCUUCCCGAGAACCACAGCACUCUUCCUCCGAAUAAAUCAAAACGAGAAGUGGAAAGAAGAGGAUGAAGUCCUGCCUGACAUCAAGCCCUUUCCUCAAGAAGGAGAAGACGUUUACUCCAUGGCGAAUAUUCCUGAGAACACCAACUAUGUUCUCAAGUUAAAGGAUGGAAUCGUUCACGUUUAUGAGAACGAGGAGGCUCUAAAUAACAACCAACCUCAUAAACUUCCAUACCCUGACCUGGAGACGUUUGCUAUAGACUUAAGCUAUGUACUUGCAAUGAUAGCAGAUGGUCCAACGAAAACAUACUGCCACAGACGCCUGAACUUCUUGGAGUCUAAGUUCUACCUCCAUGAGAUGUUGAAUGAAAUGGCAGAGCUAAAGGAGCUCAAGUGUGUCCCACACAGAGACUUCUACAACGUUAGAAAGGUCGACACGCACAUACAUGCUGCUGCAUGCAUGAACCAGAAGCAUCUGCUGAAAUUCAUAAAGCAAACAUACCACACAGAGGCGGACCGCAUUGUCAUGGAAAAGGGUUGUAAGAAGUUCACCCUGAAAGAAGUCUUCAAAAACCUCAACAUGGAUCCGUACGACCUCACUGUGGAUUCUCUGGACGUGCACGCUGGGCGACAAACCUUUCACCGCUUUGAUAAGUUUAACUCUAAGUACAACCCUGUGGGAGCCAGUGAGCUGCGGGAGAUCUACCUGAAAACUGACAACCUCAUCAAGGGAGAGUACUUUGCACGUCUCAUUAAGGAAGUUGCUAAAGACCUUGAGGAAAGCAAGUACCAGCACGCUGAGCCCAGACUGUCGAUUUACGGACGAUCUCCCAGCGAGUGGGAGAACCUGGCAACAUGGUUCAUCCAGCAUAAGGUCCACUCCCCUAACAUGAGAUGGAUGAUCCAAGUUCCCAGGAUCUAUGACAUCUUUAGAUCAAAGAAAUUGGUUCCAAACUUUGCCAAGAUGUUGGAGAACAUUUUCCUUCCUCUCUUUGAAGCCACCGUCAACCCUAAGAAGCACAAAACCCUACAUGUGUUCCUACAAUAUGUGACAGGUUUUGACAGUGUGGAUGAUGAAUCCAAACACAGCGACCACAUGUUUUCGUAUAAAAGCCCGAAGCCUGAGGAGUGGACCCAAGAAGACAACCCCCCCUACACCUAUUACCUCUUCCACAUGUAUGCCAACAUCAUGGUGCUCAACAACCUGAGGAAGGAGAGAGAAAUGAACACCUUUAUGUUCCGACCCCACUGCGGGGAGGCGGGCUCCAUCACCCAUCUGGUCUCUGCCUUCCUGACAGCGGACAACAUCUCCCACGGACUCAACCUCAAAAAGAGUCCAGUGCUGGAGUACCUGUACUACCUGGCGCAGGUUCCGAUCGCCAUGUCCCCACUGAGCAACAACAGCCUGUUUCUGCAGUACUCGAAGAAUCCUUUUUGCGAGUUUCUGCGGAAAGGCCUGUGUGUGUCUCUGUCCACCGAUGAUCCCAUGCAGUUCCACUACACCAAGGAGCCCUUGAUGGAGGAGUACGCCAUAGCGGCUCAGCUGUGGAAGCUGAGCACUUGUGAUUGUUGUGAGAUUGCAAGAAACAGCGUUCUGCAGAGCGGCCUCUCACAUCAGGAGAAGAAGCACUUCCUCGGCUCAAACUACCUCCAAGAUGGACCGGCGGGCAACGACAUCCGGCGGACAAAUGUGGCCCAGAUCCGAAUGGCGUACCGCUAUGAGACUCUGAGAAACGAACUCAGUUUUCUGGUGGACGCCGUGAAGACGGAGGAAGCUCAGAAGCCCUGAAAGGGACGGCAGCACCAUACAAACUGGGGUGUAUCUUCACAGAAGAUGAAGGCACAAACUGAGCAGCACUUUUUACUUUUAAUUAGCAUACUACCAUGAAUGGUCUUUAGUGGCCAUUUAAAAAAAAAGGUUUAGUAAUGGGGGUCCAGGCAUUUCUGCCUCUUUUUUCUAAACAUGUUUUUCCUGUUCUUGAUGGUGCCACUCAGUCUCAAUGGUUUUCACAUGACUUUACCUCCCCUGCUGGGAUGAAUAGAGUAUUUUUUUGGCAUUAAAGUUGGAUUAGUUUGGUAUUAAACAGUGUUUCGACAUCAACUUAGAUUUGUUGUGCGUGCACUUGUCAGUAGAGGUUUACUUUUUGAUAAAUGCACAUGGGGAUUUGGUGAUAUCAGAAGGUUUCUAUGGCAUAGGAUUCUUUUUUUCUGCCUCUUUUACAAAGAACAAGGACUUUAUCUAAUCUGACAGAAAGAUAUAAACUGUAGCCAAAUAUACAAAGUCCCAUUGUGCUCAUACGACCUGAUGGCUGUUGGUUUACAUGGUUUCAACUAAAGUUUAUUAGGCCAGCCAAAUAACUGCAAAUUAGUGAGGCGUUACAGAUAAAAAGGCAACUUUUUAGAGACCACGUCUGUGUAUUAAGCUUCGAUAACUUCUACUAAUGUCUUGUGUAAUGAGAAAUGUUUUGGAUGUUUGCAAUUUUUUUGUUUUUCAUACCUCCAAUAAACAGCUGGAAAUCUAUCAAA